UCUGUUAUUUUUAUUUUAUAGAAGUCGUCAACUUAAAUUUUUUUAUAAAAAAAAAAAUAAUAAUUUUUGGUUCCUUUAACCUUUUUUUAUAUUUGAUAUAUUAAAAAAAAAGAUCAAUUGUAAUAUAAGUUCGAUUUUCCUUUUUCGUUUCUUCUUUUAUUUUAUUUAAUUGUUAUAUUACAUUUCCUAAAAAAACCUCAGGAAUAAAACGUACCAUGACACAUGCCAAAUUUUCUCGAUGACUACAAAUAUACGGUCCAUAGACAUCAAAGGAGUCGUAUCUAAUAAAACAAGAAUCAAAAGCAAAUUUUUUGCUAGUACUCCAAGUUCUGAAGAAAGUUCUUCGAAUGAAGAUACGACAGGUUUUUUCAUAGCCCAAAAAAAGAAGAAUGAUAACAAGAUUAUUAAUGAAGAAUUAUUACUUUUAAAUACAAAAGAAUAUCCACAAACUCCAGGAUCUUUGGAUAAUUUUGAUGGAGUUCUUACGUUUAAAAAAGAUGAUGAAUUUGAUGGUAAUAAUCGACAUCCACUCGAAACUGUUAUAGCAUCAUCAUCAAAUCCAGCCCAAAUAACACGUUAUAAUCCUGACUAUGAAAGUAUUUUAGAAAGCAAACGACGUCAAAGUCGUUUGCUAUUAGUUUCUUUAUUGGAGAAUUUUUGUUUAUUAUAUGAUACGAAUCCUGAAAGAAAUCAUAAAACGUUCUAUCUCAUAUGUAAAACCUUAAGUGCUAUGGGAAUUAUUGAGGAAGAGUAUAUUGACGAAAUGUCUACCGUACGAUCGUCGUACCAACGCGCGUUUAAAGAUUUACUCGUUCAAGCUCUGAAUUCGAUAAAACAAGAACAAUCGAUGAAAAAGUCUCAUAUGAUUAUGGAUUCGGCAGAAUCAACAAAUACUGAUGAGAAUAUCGUUCAAGAAUUUCCUGAUAAUCUUUCUAAGCACUCACAAAUGUUUAAGAAUAUUUCAUUUGAAGAUAUUCUUGACUUACAAAAUAGUAGAUAUAGUAAUGAUUUCAUUGAAUUGAAGUUGUUAGGUAAAGGAGGGUUCGCAAAUGUUUGGCAGGCCAAAAAUAAAUUAGAUGGAAUUGAAUAUGCGAUAAAAAAAGUUAGGUUGCAAGGUGACAGAAUUCCGGAGGAAAAGGAAAAAAUUUUUCGUGAAAUUAAAUUUCUUGCUAGACUGGAACAUAAAAAUGUGAUUCGUUAUUAUAGUUCAUGGCUUGAACAUACCAACAAUAAACAACGAGAUGUAGAAAUGUCUGUUUCUUCAUAUUCAAAUUCAAAAAGUUCUAAUGAAUCAUCAAUGAGUAAUAGUAAUAAUAUGUGUGAAGAUGGUUCACAGGAUGAUUCAGAUAUUUUUAGAAUGUCAUUUUCAAGUGAUGAACAAAGAUCAGAGGAUUUUAGUGGUAUCGAUUUCGUGGGAGAUGACAUUUCUGCAGUAGGAGGUUUACACUCAUCUUCACAUUCCCUAAGUCAUGAUCAUUCCUACGAUAUUGAAACAAGUGAAAACUCUAGUAGUGAUGAAAAUAUUGCACAGGUGAAUAUGAAUCGUGAUUGGAUACUCCUUAUCCAAAUGCAAUUAUGUCAUAGUAGUCUACGAGAUUAUUUAAAACGUAGAGACGCAAAUCUUUUGGCCACUAAGAAAGAUCCAUUAAAUGCGAUUGAUCGUCAUGCCAGUAUUGAAUUAUUUCGUGGUAUUAUUCAUGGUGUUGCAUAUAUUCAUUCUCAAGGUUUGAUCCACCGUGAUUUAAAACCGGGAAAUAUUUUCAUGGGCAUCAUUCCAGAAAACGGAUCUAAUAAUCAAAAUAGUUGGGUCGCUGCAGAUUGUUCAUCAUUUGCUGUCGAACGUUUAGUUCCUAAAAUUGGUGAUUUUGGAUUAGUAACAGCAGUUGAUGGAGUUCAGAACGGUUCUCCUAUUGACGAUGUCUUAAAUUCUAACUUCUUAAAAUUUAUAGACGGAAAUAGGAGGUUUGACGUUGGUACUCAGCGUAGUUCUGUCUCAUCAUCUUAUAAUUCAAAAUCAAGAACCACUGGAGUGGGUACAAUUACGUAUGCAUCUCCAGAACAACUGGCCAAGCCCUCUUGCCCAUAUAAUGAAAAGGUUGAUAUUUAUUCUUUAGGCAUUAUAUUCUUUGAACUUCAUUUUCCAUUUUCAACAGGACAUGAACGGGUUAGAGUUUUAAAGGACUUGAGGAAUGGAAUUUUACCGAAAGGGUUUGUUGAAAGGUUUCCUAAAGAAGCUGCAUUCAUUUUAUGGAUGAUGGCUGAGGAUCCUGACAAAAGACCAAAUUCUAAACAAAUAUUAGAUUUUGAAUUGUUGGCGGGGCCUAUUGAUGGUGAGCAUGCAGAAAUGCAACAUAGGCUUGUGCAAAGUACGCAAAGACUCGAUAUGAUGACAAAAGAAAAUGAAAUGUUAAAGAAUAAAGUCGCAGAGUUAGAAGAGAAAUUAAAAAAUUGUGAAUGUGGCGGGGGAAAUUAUAGUAAUAAAAUUUAUAAUUAAAAAUUUUAAAAGUUGAACUUCCUAAUAUUUCAAUUCUUUGUUCAAAUAUCCUUUUCUUUUUUUAAUAAGAAAUAAGAUAGAUAAAAGGACAAUAUAUUAUUAUUUUUUCAACAUUCUGUAGAUAAUUAUUUAUUCUAUUCUAUUUGAUUUUAUCAUUAAAUGCGGUCCCGAGUUAAGUUUUUAACCGGUUGGGCCAAUUUAAACACGAGAUAGUUUUCAAUACUAAAUUAUAAUAAAGUUUGCUCUAAAUGUAUUAUU